AUGGGAUCGCAAGGUAACUAUCUAAUAAAUCAUAUUUAUAUACACUUGUUUCAUAUGACUGUCAGAGGUAAAAUGUAGCCAACAGCCAAACGUGUUGAUAGAUAAGAGUAUCGGAUUGAGCUAGUCACCGGUUUCCGUUGUUUACCCAGUCUGUGUUUCAGAACAGCGGAUACGUUCCUUUCAGCAGUGCCGCGAUUACUACUGUCUGCCAGCCUGUUGUAGCUUUGAUGUGUCCUGCGACAACUGACACCAAACACACACUCUUUAGCAGAAUGAUAACACUCUCCAUAUGGAAACAAACACGUUAGCUACACAGUUGUUACUUUGUAACGGUUUGCGACUAGCGAUAUUCCAACGUUCUAACAGGUCUGUUGCCUAGCCGUGCAUGAACCUUGCAAAGAUAUUUAUAACUAACCCAAUAUAGUUUGUGUGUUAUUUACAGUGGGAGCAAAUGAAGUAUAGUGGCCAGAACAAGCAAGGAGGUGUGCAAAGCUUAAAUAAAGGUUAAAUAAAAAAAAGCCAAGCAGGAGUUAGCGAGAUCCUAUUGGUGCAUUGUAGCAUGUGUUUGCAUAUUUCCGUUAGGACCUUGCACUCCUUCUAAACAAUGCCAUUUUUUAAAACUUUGGCAAAGCGCGAAGUCUAUAAAACAGUGCACUGUGUUGGUAACAUAUUCUAGUUUUGGGAACAGAAAUUGAUUGAGAUUAGAUGUUUCAUAGAUGAGAAAAUGUGCAGAAUGUUGGCCCAUUUUCACCUAGUUCCAUCCUCUCCCACUACCCGCGACUGGACUUCCUCUCACUACCAUAUUUGGUAGUGAGAAAACGUUCUAAAUGGAUGCUUCAGCUUUAUAGCCCCUGUGACGUAUCUGGAUUUUCCCUUCUGUCUGUGGAAUUGUCAGUUUUUCGCCGCACAUCCCGGCUUCUAUGUACCAGACCUCCUUACUAGGUAGCGGGGGCAACACCGAUAGACAGUGUCCUUUGCUCCCGCCUGCCGAACCCCUACUGUCCUGGAGCGCCCCACCCUCCUGCCUGUCCUAGCUUAAAAAUGAAGUAUAAAGAGGGGUUCCUACAAAAACAGGAAUUCCCACAUGCUGGAACGCCCCCAAUUGCACCCUUCUCCAUGCAUCAUAGGUCGAAUAGCAGCGAGGUACCAGCAGAAAUAAGUGAUUCUAUCAGAUAACAGUUCCGAGAACAUCCACAAUUCAAUGUUUUGACCUGGCUGCAUGCUUAAUUUUUGCUCUAACAGUCCAUAUAUGCGCACUGAUUGGAAGUUGCAUACAGGCAAUGCGUGGGGUUCUCAUAUCUCAUUACUUUGUCAUGAUUUCACGAUUGUCGUAGUAGGCUAGUAAGCUCACACUGUAUUGCAUUGUUACACUGAUAUGGCUCAGAUUUAGGUAAAGAGUAGGGGGAGUCAAUUACAUUAUGUCCAUUUAAAGUUGAUGAACUGAAGUUGGAGUCAUUUAGAAUAUGAGAGUAGCCAAACUCACUGAUCCCAUUAAAGGAUCUUUCUGAUGUUGGCUAUUUAAGUUCAGUAUUUCACUUAACAUGUUUUAUUUUUGUGAGUGGCUUGCCUUGAACACAAGCCACUGUUGAUUAUGAGGGGGCUGUAUGAAAAUGUCUCUCUCUCUCUGUCCUCUGUGUCUCCUAUGCAGUUUUUCAACAGAAGAUGAAACACAUUAGAAACUUUGUUUGAAAGAGAGCAACCCGGCUCUACGUAUUUUACUGGUUUGUGACUGACUGACACCGCCCCCGGUUAGAGUGGAAUAAAGCAGCCCAAGAGUUGACACACAGGGAAUUUGUGUUCACACACAGGAGAAGAUGAACAUGGGGAUGGUUCUGAAAGGUGCAGAGAAAGGAAUAAUGAAUAUUCACAUACAAUGGAUAGAGCAGUGAAUGGACAUGAAUGCGCUAGAACCAUGUAAUUGCAUAGAAGUACAAUAGCACAAUAUGAAGGACUCCAUAUGAUAAUACACUGCAGCAAUAAACAGUAGGUUAUUACACAGCAAUACUUAAUAUCAAGGACUGUAUCUAUGCAUAUAUUACAUUGUACAGUGGGCUAAUGACUAGCAUGUUUGCUAACAAGGAAUAAACAAUGGCAGUGUAAGAAAGGACUGUGUUUACAUGAAGGUAAGUCAUCUAAAGCAGAGCUACAAUUAAUGGAGACAGCAUACAUGCAUAACAUAGUAAUUGUUAAAUUAUGACUACUUAUAGACUCACACAAAGCCAAGUUAAACAACAACUACAACUUUGUGUACACUCAUCCCAUGCACAUAAUGCCACCCACGAUAACACUGUCAGGCUCAGGGCAAUAUUUAUUCCCUUGCGGGAGUGUGUAACGGACCUGUCUGACCAGUGCAGGGCUAGCUAUGAGCAUCUGACAUUAGGAACACCUUUUGCCCUCGAAACAGCCUCAAUUUGUCCGGGCAUGGACUCUAUAAGGUGUCGAAAGCGUUCCACGGGGAUGCUGGCCCAUGUUGACUCCAAUGCUUCCCACAGUUGUGUCAAGUUGGCUGGAUGUGCUUUGGGUGCUGGACCAUUCUUGAUACACACGGGAAACUGUUGACUGUGAAAAGCCCAGAAGCGUUGCAGUUCUUGACACACUCAAACUGGUGCGCCUGGCACCUACUACCAUACCCUGUUCAAAGGCACUUAAAUAUUUUCUUGCCCAUUCACCAUCUGAAUGGCACACAAACACAAUCCAUGUCUCAAUUGUCUAAAGGCUUAAAAAUCCAUCUUUAACCUGUCUCCUCCCCUUCAUCUACACUGAUUUGAAGUGGAUUUAACAGGUGACAUCAAUAGUUUUCACCUGGUCAGUCUGUCAUGGAAAGAGCAUGUUCCUAAUGUUUUGUACACUCAGUCUAAACAACAGACACACACACUGGCAGGGUUGCCAGGUCUAGCUAAAAUGUCUAGCCCGUUGACCUCUGACAACCCACUGAAAACUAGCCCAACAUUCUUUUCCGCAGCAAGAGAGGCGUUGCCACAUUUAUCCAAUAAACCCUUUUUCCAUAACGUUAUCGAGUGAAUUAAGAAGGAAUAUCGACUUUAAUUUUUUACGACGUAGGCUAAGAAGUAAAAUGUGGUUUUCCAUCAAAAUAAUAAUUAUUGCGAGUUUAAGAAUGUCGCAAGAGAAAAUAUAAAUCGCCCUUAUUAAACUCUCCAGAUCAUUGUCCAUCAAUGGAUGUCGAUUUAACUUGUUUAGACUGCUAUUGUAACAGUGUUGCUUCCGUCCCUCUCCUCGCCCCUACCUGGGCUUGAACCAGGGACCCUCUGCACACAUCGACAACAGUCACCCUCGAAGCAUCAUUACCCAUCGCUCCACAAAAGCCGCAGUCCUUGCAGAGCAAGGGAAACAACUACUUGAAGGUCUCAAAGCGAGUGAAUUCACCGAUUGAAACGCUACAAGUGCGCACCGCUAACUAGCUAGCCAUUUCACACCGGUUACACUAUGAUUAAGCAAUAAGGCCAGAGGAGGUGUGGUAUAUGGCUAAUAUACCACAUCUAAGGGCUGUUCUUAGGACAUAGCUGUGGUAUAUUGGCCAUACAGUGCUGUGCAAAAGUAUUUGCCCCCUUUCUAAUUUUCUCUACUUUUGCAUAUUGGUGAUACUGAAUGUUAUCAGAUCUUCAACCAAAACCUAAUAUUAGAUAAAGGGAACAUAAGUGAACAAAUAACACAACAAUUACAUAUUUAUUUCAUAAACAAAGUUAUGCAACACCCAAUUCCCCUGUGUGAAAAAGUAAUUGCCCCCUUACACUCAGUAACUGGUUGUGCCACCUUUAGCUGCAAUGACUCCAACCAAAUGCUUUCUGUAGUUGUUGAUCAGUCUCUCACGUCGCUGUGGAGGAAUUUUGGCCCACUCUUCCAUGCAGAACUGCUUUAACUCAGUGACGUGUGGGUUUUCAAGCAUGAACUGCUCGUUUCAAGUCCUGCCACAACAUCUCAAUUGGGAUUAGGUCUGGACUUUGACUAGGCCAUUCCAAAACUUCCAAUUUGUUGCUUUUGAACCAUUUUCAUGUAGACUUGAUUGUGUGUUUUGGAUCAUUGUCUUGCUGCAUGACCCAGCUGCGCUUCAGCUUCAGCUCACAGACGGAUGGUCUGACAUUCUCCUGUAGAAUUCUCUGAUACAGAGCAGAAUUCAUGGUUUCUUCUAUUAAGGCAAGUCGUCCAGGUCCUGAGGCAGCAAAGCAUCCCCAAACCAUUACCACCAUGCUUGACCUUUGGUAUGAUGUUCUUACUGUGGAAUGCAGUGUUUGGUUUUCGCCAGGCAUUACUGGGAUCCAUCUCGUCCAAAAAGUUGACUCAAGUUUGCCAAAAAGCACCUGGAUGAUCAUCAAGACUCUUGGAAGAACGUUCUAUGGAAAGAUGAAAGUAUAACUUUUUGGACGACAUGGUUCCAGCAAUGCCUGGUGAAAACCAAACUCUGCAUUCCACAGUAAGAACAUCAUACCAAAGGUCAAGCAUGGUGGUGAUGGUUUGGGGAUGCUUUGCUGCCUCAGGACCUGGACGACUUGCCUUAAUAGAAGAAACCAUGAAUUCUGCUCUGUCUCAGAGAAUUCUACAGGAGAAUGUCAGACCAUCCGUCUGUGAGCUGAAGCUGAAGCACAGCUGGGUCAUGCAGCAAGACAAGGAUCCAAAACACACAAUCAAGUCUACAUGAAAAUGGUUCAAAAGCAACACAUUUGAAGUUUUGGAAUGGCCUAGUCAAAGUCCAGACCUAAUCCCAAUUGAGAUGUUGUGGCAGGACUUGAAAUGACCAGUUCAUGCUUGAAAACCCACACGUCACUGAGUUAAAGCAGUUCUGCAUGGAAGAGUGGGCCAAAAUUCCUCCACAGCGAUGUGAGAGACUGAUCAACAACUACAGAAAGCAUUUGGUUGGAGUCAUUGCAGCUAAAGGUGGCACAACCAGUUAUUGAGUGUAAGGGGGCAAUUACUUUUUCACACAGGGGAAUUGGGUGUUGCAUAACAUUUCUUAUGAAAUAAAUAUGUAAUUGUUGUGUUAUUUGUUCACUUAUGUUCCCUUUAUCUAAUAUUAGGUUUUGGUUGAAGAUCUGAUAACAUUCAGUAUCACAAAUAUGCAAAAGUAGAGAAAAUUAGAAAGGGGGCAAAUACUUUUGCACAGCACUGUAUACCACAAACCCCUGAGGUACCUUAUUGCUACUAUAAACUGGUAACCAACGUAAUUAGAACAUUAAAAAGUACCUUUUUGUCAUUCCCGUGGUACACGUCUGAUAAACCAUGGCUUUCAACCAAUCAGCAUUCAGGGCUCAAACCACCCAGUUUAUAAUUGUAAAUAAAUCCUGUUUGCACAUGUGCAUAACUAUAGAUAAAUCCCACAGGAGAGUGUGAGUGAUGCAAGUUGGACAGAGGAUCUCAAUCUCUGUGCAAGAAACACUUGGAAGAACAUUAAAAAACAAAUGUUAGGCUAUUUUUCUGGCAAUUGUGCCGUUAUGUGCUAGAUGUUGAGACUACAAACCGUUAUAAAUGGCAUAUUUGCGAGAUUGACUUGUUAUUUCAAUAGACAUAGGCUACUGACUAAAAUCUGGGUUUAUAAUUGCAAUUAAAUUUUGCCAUUGUUUACUGAGCAAGAUGCAGGUAGCCUAUAGCCCCUGAUAUGCCAACAUCUCUUUUCAGGGAAAAGUCCACAAUGAAACUGACAGUAAAUGUGGAGAAGUAUACAUUUGCAAUAGAGCUGUGACCAUGAUCACAAUUAAUAACUUCUAAUUUAAUUAACUAAACAUGGCCACAUACAUGUUAUUCAAUCGUUGCACCCACACUGCUCGUGCCCUUUAACUAGCGUCUGCGUGGCCAGGCGCUAAAAUAGAAAUCGGUUCUAAUUGUGACGCUCAACGCGCUGCAAGUCCUGCCUCUCCCCAUUUGGUUUUUAGGAGCAUAUACCCACGUGGGUGAUUGAAAGAUGAACUGAGGUCCACACUCCAGUCCAGUUGGUGGUGGUAAUGCAUCUUAAAGUUGGUUGCCAACCGCCAUAUAAAGUCCAAAGAAGGAGAAGCCUGAAGGAAGCCUGAACUUGGUGUACCAUUUUAUCUGUGGAUUAAUUGUUGGAGUAGAGGACCUUGUUCAUUUCAGGUAAAAUAACAACCCAAUGUUUAUAUCCCAGGACAAAUUAGCUAGCAACAGCAAGCUAGCUAGCUAAAUUGCCAUAAAUGUUUAAUGAUUUUCGACCUGUCCCCAAGUUAAUAUAGUUGGUUCAGAGUUCGUUUUGAUAUUUCAACCUGCGUGUCCUGAUCUUGUCUGCUGUGGGAGGAGAAAAGUCGGCAUUAGAAUGCAGUUAAAUUUAUCUAAAGAGCUCUUGUGUGCCUAAAGUCGUUUUCCAAUGCUUUGUCGCCAUUAUAUCAGUUAUAUCGCGUUAAUAUGUUUGAUGGAAAAGGGGUGUCUCCAUAAUGACCAAUCUAAAUAGCCUAACUACAACUGGUCAACAGUUGUCAUGAAGUGCGCGAAUGCUCCUCUUGACUCAGCUGCCUCUGCUGCAGCACUCUCUCAACGCACACACACCCCUAUGGCCCUCCCCCUCUCCACCACUCACUCACUCACUCACUCACUCACUCACUCACUCACUCAGUAACAGCCUGCUCACUAGCUGAUAGUCAGCAGCAGGUCACAGAUAUCUAUACAUAUACACACACACACCCACCCAGUACCAGUCAACAGUUUGGAAACGCCUACUCAUUCAAGGGUUUUUCUUUAUUUUUUUUACUAUUUUCUACAUUGUAGAAUAAUAGUGAAGACAUCAAAACUAUGAAAUAACACAUGGAAUCAUGUAGUAACCAAAAAAGUGUUAAACAAAGCAAAAUAUAUUUUAUAUUUGAGAUUCUUCAAGUAGCCACCCUUUGCCUUAAUGACAGCUUUGCACACUCUUGGCAUUCUCUCAACCAGCAUCAUGAAUACAUUUUUUUUACAUUUACGUCAUUUAGCAGACGCUCUUAUCCAGAGCGACUUACAGUUAGUGAGUGCAUACAUUUUAUUUUUUUAUACUGGAAUCGAACCCACAACCUUGAAGUUGCAAACACCAUGCUCUACCAACUGAGCUACAUCCCUGCCGGCCAUUCCCUCCCCUACCCUGGACGACGCUGGGCCAAUUGUGCGCCGCCCCAUGGGUCUCCCGGUCGCGGCCGGCUAUGACAGAGCCUGGAUUCGAACCACUGCGCCACUCGGGAGGAUGAGGUAGUCACCUGGAAUGCAUUUCAAUUAACAGGUGUGCCUUGUUAAAAGUUAAUUUGUGGAAUUUCUUUCCUUAAUGCAUUUGAGCCAACAGUUGUGUUGUGACAAGGUAGGGGUGGUAUACAGAAGAUAGCCCUAUUUGGUAAAAAACCAAGUCCAUAUUAUGGCAAGAACAGCGCAAAUAUGCAAAGAGAAAAGACAGUCCAUCAUUACUUUAAGACAUGAAGGUCAGUCAAUCCAGAAAAUUUCAAGAACUUUGAAAGUUUCUUCAAGUGCAGUCGCAAAAACCAUCAAGCGCUAUGAUGAAACUGGCUCUCGUGAGGACCGCCACAGGAAAGGAAGACCCAGAGUUACCUCUUCUGUAGAGGAUAAGUUCAUUAGAGUUACCAGCCUCAGAAACCGGCAAUUGAUUGCAGCCCAAAUAUAUGCUUCACAUAGUUCAAGUAACAGACACAUCUCAACAUCAACUGUUCAGAGGAGACUGCGUGAAUCAGGCCUUCAUGGUAGAAUUGCUGCAAAGAAACCACUACUAAAGGACACCAAUAAGAAGAAGAGACCUGCUUGGGCCAAGAAACACGAGCAAUGGACAUUAGACCGGUGGAAAUCUGUCCUUUGGUCUGAUGAGUCCAAAUUUGAGAUUUCUGGUUCCAACCGCCGUGUCUUUGUGAGACACAGAGUAAGUGAACGGAUGAUCUCUGCACCGUGAAGCUUGGAGGUGUGAUGGUGUGGGGGUGCUUUGCUGGUAACACUGUCAGUGAUUUAUUUAGAAUUCAAGGCACGCUUAACCAGCAUGGCUACCACAGCAUUCUGCAGCGAUACGCCAUCCCAUCUGGUUUGUGCUUAAUGGGACUAUCAUUUGUUUUUCAACAGGACAAUGACCCAAAACAUACCUCCAGGCUGUGUAAGGGCUAUUUGACCAAGAAGGAGAGUGAUGGAGUGCUGCAUCAGAUGACCUGGCCUCCACAAUCCCCCACCCUCAACCCAAUUGAGAUGGUUUGGGAUGAGUCGGACCGCAGAGUGAAGGAAAAGCAGCCAACAAGUGCUCAGCAUAUGUGGGAACUCCUUCAAGACUGUUGGAAAAGCAUUCCAGGUGACUACCUCAUGAAGCUGGUUGAGAGAAUGCCAAGACUGUGCAAAGCUGUCAUCAAGGCAAAGGGUGGCUACUUUGAAGAAUCUGAAAUAUAAAAUAUAUUUUUAUUUGGUUAACACUUUUUUGGUUACUACAUGAUUCCAUAUGUGUUAUUUCAUAGUUUUGAUGUCUUUACUAUUAUUUUACAAUGUAAAAAUAAAGAAAAACCCCUGAAUGAGUAGGUGUGUCCAAACUUUUGACUGGGUAGGUAUGUAUGUAUGUAUGUAUGUAUGUAUGUACAGUUGAAGUCGGAAGUUUACAUACACUUAGGUUGGAGUCAUUAAAACUCGUUUUUCAACCACUCCACAAAUUUCUUGUUAACAAACUAUAGUUUUGGCAAGUCGGUUAGGACAUCUACUUUGCAUGACACAAGUAAUUUUUCCAACAAUUGUUUACAGACAGAUGAUUUCACUUAUAAUUCACUGUAUCACAACUCCAGUGGGACAGAAGUUUACAUACACUAAGUUGACUGUGCCUUUAAACAGCUUGGAAAAUUCCAGAAAAUGAUGUCAUGCUUUAGAAGCUUCUGAUAGGCUAAUUGACAUCAUUUGAGUCAAUUGGAGGUGUACCUGUGGAUGUAUUUCAAGGCCUACCUUCAAACUCUGUGCCUCUUUGCUUGACAUCAUGGAAAAAUCAAAACAAAUCAGCCAAGACAUCAGAAAACAAAUUGUAGACCUCCACAAGUCUGGUUCAUCCUUGGGAGCAAUUUCCAAACGCCUGAAGAUACCACGUUCAUCUGUACAAACAAUAGUACGCAAGUAUAAUCACCAUGGGACCGCGCAGCCAUCAUACCGCUCAGGAAGGAGAUUUGUUCUGUCUCCUAGAGAUGAAUGUACUUUGGUGCGAAAAGUGCAAAUCAAUCCCAGAACAACAGCAAAGGACCCUGUGAAAAUGCUGGAGGAAACAGGUACAAAAGUAUCUAUAUCCACAGUUAAACGAGUCCUAUAUCAACAUAACCUGAAAUGCUGCUCAGCAAGGAAGAAGUCACUGCUACAAAACCGCCAUAAAAAAGCCAGACUACUGUUUGCAACUGCACAUGGGGACAAAGAUAGUACUUCUUGGAGAAAUGUCCUCUGGUCUGAUGAAACAAAAAUAGAACUGUUUGGCCAUAAUGACCAUCGUUAUGUUUGGAGGAAAAAGGGGGUAGCUUGCAAGCCGAAGAACACCAUCCCAACCGUGAAGCACGGGGGUGGCAGCAUCAUGCUGUGGGGGUGCUUUGCUGCAGGAGGGACUGGUGCACUUCACAAAAUAGAUGGCAUCAUGAGGAAGGAAAAUUAUGUGGAUAUAUUGAAGCAACAUCUCAAGACAUCAGUCAGGAAGUUAAAGCUUGGUCGCAAAUGGAUCUUCCAAAUGGACAAUGACCCCAAGCAUACUUCCAAAGUUGUGGCAAAAUGGCUUGAGGACGACAGUUGAGGUAUUGAAGUGGCCAUCACAAAUCUCUGACCUCAAUCCUAUAGAAAAUGUGUGGGCAGAAUUGAAAAGGCGUGUGCGAGCAAGGAGGCCUACAAACCUGACUCAGUUACACCAGCUCUGUCAGGAGGAAUGGGCCAAAAUUCACCCAACUUAUUGUGGGAAGCUUGUGGAAGGCUACCCGAAACGUUUGACCCAAGUUAAACAAUUGUAAAGGCAAUGCUGCCAAAUACUAAUUGAGUGUAUGUAAACUUCUGACCCACUGGGAAUCUGAUGAAAGAAAUAAAAGCUGAAAUAAAUCAUUCUCUCUACUAUUAUUCUGACGUUUCACAUUCUUGAAAUAGUGGUGAUCCUAACUGACCUAAGACAGGGAAUUCUUAUAGUAUUAAAUGUCAGGAAUAGUGAAAAACUGAGUUUAAAUGUAUUUGGCUAAGGUGUAUGUAAACUUCCGACUUCAACAUGUAUGUAUGUAUGUAUGUAUGUAUGUAUGCAUGCCUUGGCGGUGCAAUUUAGAAGUAGCCCAAAAACCCGCGACCAAUACAGUGAGGGGAAAAAAGUAUUUGAUCCCCUGCUGAUUUUGUACAUUUGCCCAAAGACAAAGAAAUGAUCAGUCUAUAAUUUUAAUGGUAGGUUUAUUUGAACAGUGAGAGACAGAAUAACAACAACAAAAUCCAGAAAAAACGCAUGUCAGAAAUGUUAUAAAUUGAUUUGCAUUUUAAUGAGGGAAAUAAGUAUUUGACCCCUCUGCAAAACAUGACUUAGUACUUGGUGGCAAAACCCUUGUUGGCAAUCACAGAGGUCAGACGUUUCUUGUAGUUGGCCACCAGGUUUGCACACAUCUCAGGAGGGAUUUUGUUCCACUCCUCUUUGCAGAUCUUCUCCAAGUCAUUAAGGUUUCGAGGCUGACGUUUGGCAACUCGAACCUUCAGCUCCCUCCACAGAUUUUCUAUGGGAUUAAGGUCUGGAGACUGGCUAGGCCACUCCAGGACCUUAAUGUGCUUCUUCUUGAGCCAAUCCUUUGUUGCCUUGGCCGUGUGUUUUGGGUCAUGGUCAUGCUGGAAUACCCAUCCACGACCCAUUUUCAAUGCCCUGGCUGAGGGAAGGAGGUUCUCACCCAAGAUUUGACGGUACAUGGCCCCGUCCAUCGUCCCUUUGAUGCGGUGAAGUUGUCCUGUCCCCUUAGCAGAAAAACACCCCCAAAGCAUAAUGUUUCCACCUCCAUGUUUGACGGUGGGGAUGGUGUUAAAUUAUAAUUAUUAUAUGCCAUUUAGCAGACGUUUUUAUCCAAAGCGACUUACAGUCAUGUGCGCAUACAUUUUUACGUAUGGGUGGUCCUGGGGAUCGAACCCACUACCCUGGCGUUACAAGCGCCAUGCUCUACCAAUUGAGCUACAGAGGACCACAUAGGCAGCAUUCCUCCUCCUCCAAACACGGCGAGUUGAGUUGAUGCCAAAGAGCUCGAUUUUGGUCUCAUCUGACCACAACACUUUCACCCAGUUCUCCUCUGAAUCAUUCAGAUGUUCAUUGGCAAACUUCAGAUGGGCCUGUAUAUGUGCUUUCUUGAGCAGGGGGACCUUGCGGGUGCUGCAGGAUUUCAGUCCUUCACGGCGUAGUGUGUUACCAAUUGUUUUCUUGGUGAUUAUGGUCCCAGCUGCCUUGAGAUCAUGAUCAUUGCAACUCCACGAGGUGAGAUCUUGCAUGGAGCCCCAGGCCGAGGGAGAUUGACAGGUCUUUUGUGUUUCUUCCAUUUGCGAAUAAUCGCACCAACUGUUGUCACCUUCUCACCAAGCUACUUGUCGAUGGUCUUGUAGCCCAUUCCAGCCUUGUGUAGGUCUACAAUCUUGUCCCUGACAUCCUUGGAGAGCUCUUUGGUCUUGGCCAUGGUGGAGAGUUUGGAAUCUGAUUGAUUGAUUGCUUCUGUGGACAGGUGUCUUUAUACAGGUAACAAGCUGAGAUUAGGAGCACUCCCUUUAAGAGUGUGCUCCUAAUCUCAGCUCGUUACCUGUAUAAAAGACACCUGGGAGCCAGAAAUCUUUCUGAUUGAGAGGGGGUCAAAUACUUAUUUCCCUCAUUAAAAUGCAAAUCAAUUUAUAACAUUUUUGACAUGUGUUUUUCAGGAUUUUUUUGUUAUUCUGUCUCUCACUGUUCAAAUAAACCUAGCAUUAAAAUUAUAGACUGAUCAUUUCUUUGUCAGUGGGCAAACGUACAAAAUCAGCAGGGGAUCAAAUACUUUUUUCCCUCACUGUACAUUUUCACCCGCGACAUCGUUUUCAAAGUAGCCCAAUUUGCAGCGAACAUGGCAACACUGCACGCUGGAACUUAGUCCCACAGCGUCCUCGGCAGGGGGAUUCUGUAACAUUGUUUAUCAUGCAAAUGUUAACAAUUGCAAUCGCUGCAUUAUGUGACAUGUUAGUCUCUCUGUCGUAUGUGUUUCCUGUACAUUUUCCUCCCGGUGCAAUAAGUUUAGCAUGACACAUUUUCCUUUGAUGUGGGGCUUGAAUACGUGUCUAAUGGUUUCUCUUGUGUUUCCCUAUUCAGUUUCAUCGGAUGAGAUGAGUGGGGGGCAGGGUGGUGACGAGGUGCUGGUGUCCCAGGCGGUGUGGGACUACCUGGCCGCCGCCGGCCAGCCCUGGCUCAUAGACUUUCAGGACAAGCAGGGCUUGAGUGCCGGCAUCAUCCGCCGAGGGGAGCGGGGAGGCUGCUGCGCGGUGCGGCUACGGCCCGUAGAGGGAUCCCGUUCUGGGGGAGGACCCAGGAUGAUGGACGAAGGACCAAUCUCCAACGAGACCCGCAAGGCCUUCAUAGACUUAUGCCGCUGCGCCCGGAAAGAGAUGAGCAAACAGGAGACGGGUCCUAAGCGGAAGAGGUCCCUGCUGCCCUGUGUUGGGGUGGGGGUCCUGGAGGGGGAUGGAGAGGGCAGCCUGCUACCACCUCAGCCUCCCCAGCCUAGACGCUCUCAGAGGCAGCAACAGAGGUAUAAGAAGCCAGUGGAGGAUGAGGCCUGUAUGGUCCUCUCCAACUCCAUGAACUCCAUGUCCCACAAUGCAUCAGGACAAAGGAAGCAGGACAACAUGGAGGUCAGCUGCAGUAUGAUGGCCUCCUCUCAUAACCACUCCCACAGUGAAGCAGAUGACUACACCUCAUGCUCCAUCUGCAUGGGCGACAUGGUGGAGAGGACGACGCUGGAGAGGUAUAGCUACUUAUUUAACUUUUUGUGUUCAGUAAUUCUCAAGGUUUUUACAAACGAUGAAAUGUGUCAGCCUUCAUUGCUAUUGAUGAUAUGUAAUGUUUUCAAAAUGAUAUGUGAAAGUGUUUUCUGUGUCUCUCUCUUUCACUCCCUCCCCCCCCAGGUGUGGCCACGCAUUCUGCCGGUUGUGUCUGGACCAGGCCUUCAAGGUGAAGAGAGCGUGUCCUGUGUGUCGUCAGGUGUACGGCCAGCUCAUAGGGAACCAGCCAGCUACCGGGAGUAUGAUGGUGGAUAGAGAGCCAGAUCUGGAGUUGCCGGGACACGAGGGCUACGGGUGUAUCUGCAUCAUCUACAGCUUCCCACCUGGUCUACAGGCGGUGAGUGUGUGUAUAUGACUAAAGACACAAGGAAGGGUAUAUAUAUAAAUGGGAACUAGUAAGAAGUUUUGCUCCAGUCCACUUCCAGGGUUUUGGUGACGUCCACUUCCAGGGUUUUGGUGACGUCCACUUCCAGGGUUUUGGUGACGUCCACUUCCAGGGUUUUGGUGACGUCCACUUCCAGGGUUUUGGUGACGUCCACUUCCAGGGUUUUGGUGACGUCCACGUCCAGGGUUUUGCUAUCUCUGACACAGCAUUUACAUUGCUAACCAUCUCUCUUUAGUAUACUCUUUAGUGUUUUAUGUAACACAUUUUUAUUUGCGUCGAAUACAGCAAUGUUUUCAAAUCCCAGCUCUCCAUUUUUAUACUUGGAUCUUUCAAUGAAACAGUCCAUGCUUGAAGUAAUCUUAUUGAAUGUCUAUACCACUUUACUUCAUUUUUGUGGAUAUAAUUGUUCCUGUUCUUUUCUAACAUUCCUCUGAAUUCUGCCUGGGUCCUGCAGCCAGAGCACCCUAACCCGGGCGUGAGGUACCCUGGGACGUACCGCGUGGCUUACCUCCCAGACAGUCCAGAGGGGAACCGGGUCCUGGGCCUGCUCCGCCGGGCCUUCGAACAGCGCCUCAUCUUCACCAUUGGGACCUCCAUGACCACAGGAAUGCAUAACGUCAUUACCUGGAACGACAUCCACCACAAGACCUCCAUAUGGGGCGGAACAUACUGGUAUGGAAACAGAUGUCUUUACUGAAGGCUAAUGGAAAUUUAAGUAUGUUUGUGAGAUGUGACAAGUGGUGUUUAUAUUUUUGUGAAAAAAGCUAUCGAUGACUGCUUGCAACACACACAGAAGUCAAAUAGAAUCAUAUGGCUUUAGUUUGUUCUAAUGAGAUGUAACAGAAAAAUAUUUUUUCAAAUUUAUAUCAAUAGAAAGCUAUCCAUGUUUUGAGCAUGUGGGGUUAAAUUGUGAUUACUGUCGUGCAUUUGCUCCUAGAAGGCACUAUCGCUUUUCCAGCGACUACAGCAACUCUCAAUGACCUGCUGAUGGUUAAUUUCUCCUGACAGCUUUGGCUACCCAGACCCCACUUACCUGGUGAGAGUGACCGAGGAACUCAGAGAGAAAGGCAUCACUGCAGACUGAACCUACAGAUUCUAGAAUGAUUCUUCCAGGAACCUCUGGCUGUCCUGUCCUGUCCCGCUGCUGAUGGAUGCUAGGCUGCAGGCUCCUUGACCUAGACCCAGCAGGGCAGCGGAUGAAUACGAGAUGUGACUGGGCCCCACAGCAAGCCACAGGAGUACGGCCCAGUGGAGGCCCACUUUAUGGGGGGAAUCCUAACUUCCACUUCAGUCGAAUUUUCACUUAAUCAUGCAUUGAUGUCAAUGGGAGACCAUUCGACUGAAGUGGAAAUGAAAAUGUGUCUAAAGUGGAAUUUAGGAUCCACCCUUAUGUUCCUAUGUUAGUUAUGUAUCUUCUGAGUUCAGCUCAACCCAGCAGCACUUUGUGUGGAAGAAAACAUUCAAAUGAGUGCAGUGCAUUCUCUAUGUGAGCUGUUUUUGGCUGCACUCAUCCGGGUAUUUAUCAUAUAAUGAUUCAUAAUGUGGAGGUACAUACUACUUAAAUAUUAUUUUGAAACCUAUAUUAAUGUGCUUUCUUGAGAGGGGGACCUUGCGGGUGCUGCAGAUUCAGUCUUCACGCGUGGUGUUACCAAUUGUUUUCUUGGUGAUUAUGGUCCCAGCUGCUUGAAUCUGAUCAUUGCAACUCCCGAGGUGAGAUCUUGCAUGGAGCCCCAGGCCGAGGGAGAUUGACAGGUCUUUUGUGUUUCUUCCAUUUGCGAAUAAUCGCACCAACUGUUGUCACCUUCUCACCAAGCUACUUGUCGAUGGUCUUGUAGCCCAUUCCAGCCUUGUGUAGGUCUACAAUCUUGUCCCUGACAAUCCUUGGAGAGCUCUUUGGUCUUGGCCAUGGUGGAGAGUUUGGAAUCUGAUUGAUUGAUUGCUUCUGUGGACAGGUGUCUUUUUAUACAGGUAACAAGCUGAGAUUAGGAGCACUCCCUUUAAGAGUGUGCUCCUAAUCUCAGCUCGUUACCUGUAUAAAAGACACCUGGGAGCCAGAAAUCUUUCUGAUUGAGAGGGGGUCAAAUACUUAUUUCCCUCAUUAAAAUGCAAAUCAAUUUAUAACAUUUUUGACAUGUGUUUUUCAGGAAUUUUUUGUUAUUCUGUCUCUCACUGUUCAAAUAAACCUAGCAUUAAAAUUAUAGACUGAUCAUUUCUUUGUCAGUGGGCAAACGUACAAAAUCAGCAGGGGAUCAAAUACUUUUUUCCCUCACUGUACAUUUUCACCCGCGACAUCGUUUUCAAAGUAGCCCAAUUUGCAGCGAACAUGGCAACACUGCACACUGGAACUUAGUCCCACAGCGUCCUCGGCAGGGGGAUUCUGUAACAUUGUUUAUCAUGCAAAUGUUAACAAUUGCAAUCGCUGCAUUAUGUGACAUGUUAGUCUCUCUGUCGUAUGUGUUUCCUGUACAUUUUCCUCCCGGUGCAAUAAGUUUAGCAUGACACAUUUUCCUUUGAUGUGGGGCUUGAAUACGUGUCUAAUGGUUUCUCUUGUGUUUCCCUAUUCAGUUUCAUCGGAUGAGAUGAGUGGGGGGCAGGGUGGUGACGAGGUGCUGGUGUCCCAGGCGGUGUGGGACUACUGGCCGCCGCCGGCCAGCCCUGGCUCAUAGACUUUCAGGACAAGCAGGGCUUGAGUGCCGGCAUCAUCCGCCGAGGGGAGCGGGGAGGCUGCUGCGCGGUGCGGCUACGGCCCGUAGAGGGAUCCCGUUCUGGGGGAGGACCCAGGAUGAUGGACGAAGGACCAAUCUCCAACGAGACCCGCAAGGCCUUCAUAGACUUAUGCCGCUGCGCCCGGAAAGAGAUGAGCAAACAGGAGACGGGUCCUAAGCGGAAGAGGUCCCUGCUGCCCUGUGUUGGGGUGGGGGUCCUGGAGGGGGAUGGAGAGGGCAGCCUGCUACCACCUCAGCCUCCCCAGCCUAGACGCUCUCAGAGGCAGCAACAGAGGUAUAAGAAGCCAGCGGAGGAUGAGGCCUGUAUGGUCCUCUCCAACUCCAUGAACUCCAUGUCCCACAAUGCAUCAGGACAAAGGAAGCAGGACAACAUGGAGGUCAGCUGCAGUAUGAUGGCCUCCUCUCAUAACCACUCCCACAGUGAAGCAGAUGACUACACCUCAUGCUCCAUCUGCAUGGGCGACAUGGUGGAGAGGACGACGCUGGAGAGGUAUAGCUACUUAACUUUUUGUGUUCAGUAAUUCUCAAGGUUUUUACAAACGAUGAAAUGUGUCAGCCUUCAUUGCUAUUGAUGAUAUGUAAUGUUUUCAAAAUGAUAUGUGAAAGUGUUUUCUGUGUCUCUCUCUUUCACUCCCUCCCCCCCCAGGUGUGGCCACGCAUUCUGCCGGUUGUGUCUGGACCAGGCCUUCAAGGUGAAGAGAGCGUGUCCUGUGUGUCGUCAGGUGUACGGCCAGCUCAUAGGGAACCAGCCAGCUACCGGGAGUAUGAUGGUGGAUAGAGAGCCAGAUCUGGAGUUGCCGGGACACGAGGGCUACGGGUGUAUCUGCAUCAUCUACAGCUUCCCACCUGGUCUACAGGCGGUGAGUGUGUGUAUAUGACUAAAGACACAAGGAAGGGUAUAUAUAUAAAUGGGAACUAGUAAGAAGUUUUGCUCCAGUCCACUUCCAGGGUUUUGGUGACGUCCACUUCCAGGGUUUUGGUGACGUCCACUUCCAGGGUUUUGGUGACGUCCACUUCCAGGGUUUUGGUGACGUCCACUUCCAGGGUUUUGGUGACGUCCACUUCCAGGGUUUUGGUGACGUCCACGUCCAGGGUUUUGCUAUCUCUGACACAGCAUUUACAUUGCUAACCAUCUCUCUUUAGUAUACUCUUUAGUGUUUUAUGUAACACAUUUUUAUUUGCGUCGAAUACAGCAAUGUUUUCAAAUCCCAGCUCUCCAUUUUUAUACUUGGAUCUUUCAAUGAAACAGUCCAUGCUUGAAGUAAUCUUAUUGAAUGUCUAUACCACUUUACUUCAUUUUUGUGGAUAUAAUUGUUCCUGUUCUUUUCUAACAUUCCUCUGAAUUCUGCCUGGGUCCUGCAGCCAGAGCACCCUAACCCGGGCGUGAGGUACCCUGGGACGUACCGCGUGGCUUACCUCCCAGACAGUCCAGAGGGGAACCGGGUCCUGGGCCUGCUCCGCCGGGCCUUCGAACAGCGCCUCAUCUUCACCAUUGGGACCUCCAUGACCACAGGAAUGCAUAACGUCAUUACCUGGAACGACAUCCACCACAAGACCUCCAUAUGGGGCGGAACAUACUGGUAUGGAAACAGAUGUCUUUACUGAAGGCUAAUGGAAAUUUAAGUAUGUUUGUGAGAUGUGACAAGUGGUGUUUAUAUUUUUGUGAAAAAAGCUAUCGAUGACUGCUUGCAACACACACAGAAGUCAAAUAGAAUCAUAUGGCUUUAGUUUGUUCUAAUGAGAUGUAACAGAAAAAUAUUUUUUCAAAUUUAUAUCAAUAGAAAGCUAUCCAUGUUUUGAGCAUGUGGUGUGAGGUUAAAUUGUGAUUACUGUCGUGCAUUUGCUCCUAGAAGGCACUAUCGCUUUUCCAGCGACUACAGCAACUCUCAAUGACCUGCUGAUGGUUAAUUUCUCCUGACAGCUUUGGCUACCCAGACCCCACUUACCUGGUGAGAGUGACCGAGGAACUCAGAGAGAAAGGCAUCACUGCAGACUGAACCUACAGAUUCUAGAAUGAUUCUUCUAGGAACCUCUGGCUGUCCUGUCCUGUCCCGCUGCUGAUGGAUGCUAGGCUGCAGGCUCCUUGACCUAGACCCAGCAGGGCAGCGGAUGAAUACGAGAUGUGACUGGGCCCCACAGCAGCCACAGGAGUACGGCCCAGUGGAGGCCCACUUUAUGGGGGGAAUCCUAACUUCCACUUCAGUCGAAUUUUCACUUAAUCAUGCAUUGAUGUCAAUGGGAGACCAUUCGACUGAAGUGGAAAUGAAAAUGUGUCUAAAGUGGAAUUUAGGAUCCACCCUUAUGUUCCUAUGUUAGUUAUGUAUCUUCUGAGUUCAGCUCAACCCAGCAGCACUUUGUGUGGAAGAAAACAUUCAAAUGAGUGCAGUGCAUUCUCUAUGUGAGCUGUUUUUGGCUGCACUCAUCCGGGUAUUUAUCAUAUAAUGAUUCAUAAUGUGGAGGUACAUACUACUUAAAUAUUAUUUUGAAACCUAUAUUAAUGCUUAUUCCCAUGCUGGGACACAUGUUCUUUAUUUACCUGUUAAAAGCACACAUGAUUUGUGGUCUGUCCAGUACGUUCAUUGAAUAAUUAUAUUUUUCUUUAUAUAAUUAUGUUAAUGAUAACCUGUUACUUACACUGUAUUAAGACAGUACCCGAGAUAGUUGGUGGCAGGCAGAAUAGUACUGUCUGCUUCAAUAGAAAGCUUCUAAAGAAAUAAUUUAAUUUCUCUAAAAUGCGUUGCAAUCUAAAGCACUCAGGCACUUUGGCAAGGAGGGAGUGAGUCUGUCAGUUGUUCAGUCAGUAUUGGAGGGCGAGUUGUUCUCUGCAUAGAAUAAGAAUGAUCCUUUAGAAUUAGAAUGAUCAUUCUAAUUC